AUGUUCUCAGGAUUCUAUGAAGCUCUUGGAAAUGUCAUGCCAGAAGGCACCUCACCGAGUCCUUCCAGGCCGACCAAUACGAAUGGUAAUCCAUUAGCAAGAGAUGGAUCCCCACAACGGCAAAACGGGGAAGCCAGCUAUUCCACUUACCAAAGGAGAUCAAAGCCGAGUCUCGAGGAGCGGCUAAGAGCAAGCUUGGCGGCCAAAGAGCAAAAACGGCUCGCACAGGAAAAGGAGAGCAAUGUUCUGUCAACUAUUCCAGCCGUGGAGGAGAAACAGGAAGAGCCCGACCCCAUCAGUCAAACCGGGACCAUUGAACCUCCUAGUGUACUCGAUCCAUUGAGCAUUCCCCUGCCGACAUCCCCUCCAACCGUGAACGCCGACCCGGUAAAUGUCCCACUUUCAAUACCAGACUCGCGUCAACCACAAUCUCAAGAGCUAUCAACCAUCCUCGACGCUGUUUCCGCUACUCCAGCGCAGCCAGUCACGCCCCCAAAUCGCACCAACCCUCCACUCCCACCCAGCGAACCCACUGACCCUCUUUCUCCUUUUCCCUCCGCAACUCGAUCUAUAUCGGUUCAAGAUCCUAUUCAAGAACUCAGCCUUCCCGCUUCCGCCGUUUCAUCCAAGUUCGACGACCCUCUCACCCCUGCCCUGAUGGAACUCGAACGAGAGCAACAAGCGGCUGCAGCAAAAGCAAGACUCGCCCGUUCUCCGCCUCCUCCCUCGAGCCCACCUAAACAGCAUCAUGUCCGUACCAAAUCAAACGCGACCAAGCCAACCGUUCCGGAUGGCGAACCGUUCCUACGACUAGGAUCUCACUCACAAUCCAUAUCUCGUAGCUCCUUGGACCAAAUUCUACAUGCUCCAACUAGUAGCUUUGGUAGCUUAGGUGUCGAAGGGGUGGAAGACUUGGACGGUUUAAAGGCAUGGAUAGAAGAGAUCAAGCGCAAGUCACAGGCUUCCGAAGAGGAGGUCAGGCGGUUGAAUGCCAAGUUGCAGCAACAAGACUCACGAAUCGAGGAGUUGCGAGACACCCACCGGCUGGAAGCGCAAUCCCAAUCGGAGCUCAUUGAAUCUCUAAGGCAAAAGCUCGCAGUGGCCGAGACCCAAAUCGCAUCUCUGGAGACCACGGUCGCCACCGAACGUUCCCUUUUACAUGCCGAGCGGUCGACUCGAGAGUCGCUCAUCGCCGCUGAGCGUGCCAAAAACAGUACUGGUCUUGCAGAUUUGGAUACGCUCAAAGCCAAGGUCAAAGAACUUAGCGACGAAAACGAAAAACUCCAAAGUCUAGCUAAAGAGGAGGAAGAGAAACGUACAAAAGCGAUCAGCCUUCUCAAGACCGACUCGGAGAGGCUUGGAGAAAAGAAGAGCGACGAGGAGCUCAAGGGACUUCGAGUGGAAGUCGAGCGCCUUACGGCCGAAAGCGAGCGGGUGCGCAUCGAUAGUGCGCGUGAAGUGGAGAGAAUACGGGACGAGAUCAAGCGAGACUUUGAGCGGCGGCGCACACAGCUAGAGGCCGAGUUAGCAGCAAUUCGAGAUGGAAUGGAGCGUGAGGUUCUCGCACGACGAGGCGAAUGGGAGAUCGAGGGCAUGGCCGCUAAAACUGCACACCAGAAAGAAGUCACGGCGCUCAAUACUCGUAUAUCGUCACUCAGCGCAUCACUCAAUCAACUCGCGGAAGAGAAGGAGACCCUCUUCUCCGAGCUUCAAGCGCGUCAGGGAGAGCUAGAAGCAGCUCGAAGCACCGCCACUCAAGCUGAGGCCCAGCUAGCGGAGAUCAACUACCAACUAGAAGAGAAGGAUGGACGGAUCGCAUUGCUUGCUGCAGAGCUCGCAGAUGCCCAACGAUCUUCCACACCUCGCCAGAUGGCUCGAGGCUCAUCAGCUGCUACGAGUAGCGCAGACGUUGCGCGGUUACUCGCGGAAACCAAGUCGAAAUCGGAAGCACAGAUUGCCGAGCUGCAGUCUCGACUAAAGGCAAUCGAGCUUGACCGCACAGAACAAGAGGAGAGCUGGUCUCGGACCAUUGCUGCUCGCGGUCAAGAAAUUGAGCGUCUCAGGCGACUAUUAGAUCAACAAGAGAAUGAGGGCAAGAAAGCUGGUGACUAUCGAGCUCAGCGCGACAAGGACUUUGAGCAACUCGAAGAGCGGAUUCGCCGUGUCGAAAAGGAGAAGCUCGAGGAGACGAGGCGAUACAAGCUAGUAGAAAGCGAAGUGAGCAUUCUCAAGGAAAGCCUGGAGAGUAGGAGCUUCGAGGCCUCUGAACUUCAAAGUCGUGUCGAAACGUUGAAUACGCAGCUCGAAGAAUUACGAGCAAAGGAGUCACAGCUCAAGACUAGCAACAAGACGCUUCGCGACGAGCUCCGUAAAGUGCAAUCCUCAGCGGCAUUACUGGAACGACAGCGAAAUCCUGGCGUGGGCUGGAGUGGAAGUAGUGCACGGCCAACGCACGAUACCGUGUCGACUCCGGAUCUUUCACGUGGCGGGGCGUUGAUAGGUCGACCUGGGACGCCAAAGAGUGCAACGACUCCGACCAACGGUACUGGUCCUGCUUCCAGUGCUGGCUCGGCAAGGUCCUCUAUGGAAGUCAGUCAACCGGAGGAGGAAGUAAAUGUCGAGUACUUGCGCAACGUGAUCCUUCAAUUCCUUGAGCAUAAAGAGAUGCGGCCUAAUCUUGUUCGCGUACUUUCUGUCUUGCUGCGGUUCAGCCCUCAAGAGACGAGAAGGUUGAUCGCCAAAGUAUGA